AUCCCUGGAUUCCCUACCUCCAUUGGACCAUUUCCCUUCGCCAGAGAUGACAUCUUACUGUGGUCUUUUGGAAGGGGUUUUCAGCCAUGUUUGGCCAAUAAUAGAUCAUCAGAUGAUUUUAGUGACAUCAUCAUCGAGGGUGCCUUGCUAUCAGCUACCACAUUUGAGGUCUCGGAAGCUGGGGAGAAAUUCAGUGUCGGACAAAGACAACUUCUCAGUCUUUCACGAGCAUUGUUAAGGAGAUCAAAGAUUCUUGUCCUCGAUGAAGCUACUGCAGCAGUGGAUGUUAGAACUGAUGCUCUUAUCCAUAAAACAAUAAGGGAUGAAUUCAAAUCUUGCACGAUGCUCAUUGUAUCUCAUCGAUUGAAUACCAUCAUUGAUUGUGAUCGGCUUCUUCUUCUCAGUGCCGGCAAGGUAUUUCCUCUCAGUUCAAUUACCAUACAACUGGAUGAACCGAUAAUCUACUUGAAGUUUUUUUGUUCUACUUAUUGUCAGAUUAUGACUGGUUUCAAAAUUGAGUUAUUACUUAGUUUCACAUAUGAAGCUGUUAGGUUGUUGAUGCUAUCUUUUCCCUGGGUAGUAUCGAUGUUAUUUUCCUCACUUAUAAGCAUUCAAACUUUGGAUCAUUAUUAUUGCUUGUACUUUGUGGUCUAGGUUUGGUUUGUAGUCAUUGCGUUAUUCUUUGAGAGGAUUAACAAGGUUAUUAGAAUUCACAUGAAAGAGACAAAUCAAAAGAUGGGAUUUGCAUGAAGCAAAUAGGUGGUGAACUGGUAAUUCACUUAGUCUAGAAUCUAGAAGAGUGUCUCAGCUGCUUACUUAGUUCUGAUUGGUUAUGAGAUAAUUCAUGAUGAAGGUGCUUGAUGGCAGUCUGCCGUUUGAAAUUUCAUAGUCAUUUAGGUGCAUGGGAUAAAUAUUGAUUAUAAGAGAAAUAUCAUAAAAGAUCUUAGAAAGAAAAACUAAAAAUUAUCUGAUGAUAUGAUUUUAUUUAUUGUUUUAAGUACUAGUUUUUUGCCCUGACAUUAAACCACCACAAAUAAUCAUGUUGGUUAUUUCUCAUCGUGUUUUGUUUUAAGGCUCAAAUUUCACUUACUAAUUAUGUGAUUUGACAUUCAACAUCCCCUUUUUUUGACAUCAAUAUUCUCUUUAAGCAAUUGGUGCCUAAGUUCUAGUAAAGAUGCCUUUGGAACAAGAGUGCAACUGUAACCUGAAGUUGUCUGAGUGUCUGGCUAUCUGCUUUAUUUAUCAGCUCUUAUAUAUAGGCUUGCAUGCAAUUUAAACAAAAUGCAUCCUUGUUUAUUCGAUCUCAUCUCAACCUUCAAGAAAUCAGAAUAAAAAUUUCAUCCAAGAUUGUGAUGGAUUGAUUCCGGAUUUAAAUUUUAAUAUGAUUAUUACUACACUAUGCUUCUCUUAGAUUUCUCUCUCUCUUUCUUUACAUAGUGAGCAACAGUGUAAUAUUUACAUUAAGAUUUGAUGCUUUUCUUAUUAUAUACAAAUUUAGUGUAAUACUUGUAAUAUCAUUUCGAUCUAGUUAACUAUUUUGAGGCAGAUCACUUCUUAGAUUUGGAUAUUCAAUAGUUCUUUAUGUAAAGAAGUCUUGUGAAUUGAUGAAUAACUUUUGUAUAGUAAUGCUGUUAUGUUUUAUCUGGCUCUA